GUCCACCGUUUUAAUGCGAAUAUUUCCUUAUACUACAGAUUCUAUUUUAUAUACUACACUUCAUACUUGUCAUUCUACUCUUCAUAUUUUUUUACUUUCACUUGCAAAACUCUGUCUACUUCAUUAAUCAUCAGAACUAUUCUCUUACAUGAAGAUCCAGGAUUUACAUGAUGUUACUGCAGACACAAAUGUGAAAGCUGUGGUUGAUGCAAAGCGAGUUUUAGUUGGAGCUGGCGCUCGGAUCCUGUUUUACCCUACUCUGCUUUACAAUGUUUUUCGAAACAGGGUUGAACCUGAGUUCAGAUGGUGGGAUGAGAUUGACCAGUUUCUUCUAUUGGGAGCUGUUCCAUUUCCUGGAGAUGUUCCGAAGCUGAAGCUACUUGGUGUUGGGGGAGUCAUAACACUUAAUGAAGCUUAUGAAACUUUGGUUCCCACCGAAUUGUUCAAGGCUUGUGGAAUAGACCACCUGGUGAUCCCGACCAGAGACUACCUCUUUGCCCCUUCAUUUGCUGACAUCAACCGUGCAGUGGAUUUUAUUCACAGAAAUGCAUCGUGCGGUAAGACUACUUAUGUCCACUGCAAAGCUGGCAGGGGAAGGAGCACAACCGUAGUUCUUUGCUAUUUGGUGGAGUAUAAGCAUAUGACUCCUGCCACUGCACUCGAAUAUGUGCGUUCCAGAAGACCUAGAGUGCUCUUGGCCCCCUCUCAAUGGAAAGCAGUUAAAGAAUUCAAGCAGCAUCGGUUAGCUUCCAAGGCGCAGUCUCCUUCAAGGGAUGCUGUAAUGAUCACAAAAGAAGACCUGGAAGGCUAUCAUAGCUUUUGCGCUGCUGAUGCUCAAAAGAAGCUGGCAAUUGUGACCAGAGCGACAAGAACGAGUCCUGUGAUUGCAAGAUUAUCAUGCCUUUUCGCAUCCUUAAAAGUUUCUGGUGGCGACACAACCAUUUCCAGACAGCUGAAUGAAGCACAUGCCUGUUAAUGUUUAGUUUAGAGGCAUGAUCCUUCUGGUAUUCUGUCUGUAAGAAGGUGACUUGAGAAAAUCAGGAGGGAAAUGUUGAAGAGACCUUCAGUAUGUGAAACAUUGUCGAAGAUGAUUUUCUAAGCAAUUGUACAGGUUUUGCAUCAA